UCUUGCUUUCCGCUCCUCUGUCGCUGUAACCCAACAAAAAAAAAAAAAGGGAAGCAAACAAGACAGGCCGAGCUGUCCGGUAGUUUCCGAGCUUUGAGCGGAAUCGAAACUCGUUGAAUCUUGAGAGAGUUCUCUACGUUUCGACAUCCGAGUCUGAUUAGUCCCACUGCUGCUCGAGCUGAACCCACCUAAACCAUCGCCAUCGCCAUCUCCCUCCUCUUCUCCCUCCGCAUCUGCCAGGGAUUUCUUAGGAUGCCCAGAUCGUCUUGCUGGGCUUCGACCACCGAGGAUAGGAAUUCCAUUAAUUAAAGCUGUCAUCUUUGAGCUUGAGGCUGCUGCCCUGGUAGCGAGUUCAGCCUGUUCUGAUCUAUGAAGUGAAGCAAAACCUACCAAUGGCAGACAUACCUGGUCAUAUGCGGGCCUGCUUGCAUUCGGGGAAACUCGCUUUCUUGGCCAUUUUGGUCUCCGGAGGGAUCGUCUUACAAAUCUUGGCAUGUGCGUUGUACGAUAAUUGGUGGCCAAUGCUGACUGUGAUAAUGUACGUGCUUCUUCCGAUGCCUCUGCUUUUCUUGGCUAGGUCUGAUGGUUCUUCUCUGUUCACGGAAUCCAACAGCGGUUGGGUGAAUGCAACCAAGUUCUUGACUGGAGCUUCAGCUAUCGGAAGCAUAGCCAUACCGGCAAUCUUGAAGCAUGCUGGUGUUAUUGGUUGGGGAUCCCUAGCAAUGGAGCUCUCAUCAUUCUUCGUCAUUGUCCUGUCUAUAAUGUGUUACAUACGCAUGAGCGAUGAUGAUGAAUACAGUGUACUAUGAGAUAUGUUUUACACACUUCAUCUGGAAGUGUUGUCGACUCCAUUGCAUUAGCCUUGAGGUUGAGGCCCAUAUACACUGUAUGCAAGUUAAUUGUAAUGAAUCCGAACACGAUUCUCUGGUCGAUCUUUGAUUCUUUUCCUUUAUUGCGUGCAGAGUGUUUUUAUUACUGGGCCAUGUCCGUUGUCCUUGUACAGAAACUGAGAGAGAGAGAGAGAGAGAGAGCUGGAUCCUUUUGAUCAGAACCUGCGAUUGAAUUAUUGCUUUUCUGCUUUUCCUUUA